AAACCCACUCCAGAUGACUGGAGAGAACUACUUGUCCUCUUUCUGUUAUGUUCCAGUAUAUGCGCAAUCACUGGUGCACUGUUGCAUAACUGGUUGUUUUCAUCUCUAAAAUAUGGAUCAUUGGCAUCCAAUGUAAUAACCUGCAUAUUCACAGGUGCCAUGAUACUGCUUCUGUUCCUGGUCCAUCCUGUACGUUGUGUGUUCACGAUGGUGAUCCCCACAUUAGGCACUAAACAAGGUCGUGAUUUGCUCAUCUCCACAUGCUUCAUGCUUGUUGCAAUCAACAUAAUCCCCAACAUGCUGGGCAAUAUCAAGAUGAUUCUCCAAGUGCUACAGUGCGUUACUCUGACCUCAACGCAGAGCCUUGUGAACUCGACACUCAUUAUAAAGCAGAUUAAAACAUUAAUGGAUGCAGAUAUAGCCAAGCUCUUCAAAAAAAUCUCUGAGAGCAAUGUCAUCACAACUUCAAACGCAGAAUGGCAUGUUAAAUCAGACAUCAAUACAUCAGCAAUCAAGAACCAUCUACAUAUCGUUGGCAAUGAAAUCCAAAGCAAUAUUUCUACAAUUCAGACCAUAUUUGAUGAGACAACUUUGAAUAUCAACAGAGUACUAGCUGGCUUUGUUUUCUUCUAUCUGUCUCUAAAAUCAGCUUGGUACCUCAAGGGAUAUCUGACAGAUCUGCAGUUCGACAAUGUAUAUAUAACUGGCAGGCUGGCUCAGCUCAUGCAGACAGACAAGGCAAAACUUGUCCAACGUUGUCGCACCUCAAGUAGAAAGCUAAUCCGAUCCACAGGGUUGAAGAUGUCUUCGGACGAGGCAGCCAGAUGUGUAAAGCAACUUGUGAUUUGUACAGCAUUUCUAGCCUUGUCUGCAACUUUCAUUGCAGCAGAUUUCAUUGUCCACAACCUGACCUCAAACUUCUUGCUUCGGAUUGCUGGUCUUCCACCUGUACCAAUAACUUUGGAGUUUAAGUUCAAUGUAGAUAUGGUGAUUCCACAGGUUCUCAUCACUUCUUUAAUAAGCCAAACAGCAAAUUUUUCCUGGGAUUUCACCUUUGUUUCUGAUGCUUGCAUGUUGCAGCCAUCUCCCCCUAACAUCAAGGUCAUCUGUUUUGUCUGCCUGCUCUACGUUGUUGCUUAUGUAACAGUGUUUUUGGAAGCCUAUGCUUUGCGUGUACGAAGAAAAAUUUCGGCAGCCUUCUUUGAGCAUCGAGAAGUCGAAAGAAUCAACUAUCUGCACCAAAAAAUUCUGACAGACUCAGAACAUCAAUUUGAAAAUAAGAUCGCUGUCUUUACUGUGUCAAAACAAUGCAAUGUGACCUUUAAAUAG